GACAGACAAGAGAGCUUCAGAAACGUAAGCAUAAAGAAACAGGAAAAGAGAAACAACGCAGAUAUGUUAAUCGUUCGCAUUUGAAGUUACAGACUCGUACGACUCGUGGCACGGCAGUCUCUCAGUGGAUUAGAUGUCAUGAACUGGGUGUGUUACAUGAGCGUAUGGGUGUGCGUGUACGUUUGCCUUGGUGUGUAAUGAACGCCUAAGUAUAUGAUUUCGGUGCAUGGUGUAGUGGACUCUUUGGAAGUAGGCUCAUGUGUGCGUGCUUUUAGUGGCUUGAAAAAAGGAACUUCCUCUUUCACUUGAUCUUCCAAGACAUUAGAUUAUACAUUUUAAUUUAUUCAUCAUUCCAAUUGAUGUUUUAUUUGACGCAGAACAAGUAUGAUAUUUAUACAACUGAAACCCACGACGCAAAGAACACAGUCAUCACGAUGCUUAGAUAUAAUUCUUAACAUAUUUUGCGUGAGUUUAUGCUUCUGAUGGUGAACCGUUGUCCGUCGCCAAAAGAAAGAAAGAGGAAAAAGAAAAAACAAACGAACAAAAAUCUAAUAACCUUCCCCAUAUACAAGAACAAGAACAAAAUAGAAGAAAAAUUAUAAAAAAGAACAGAAAACAAAUCAGUUUAGAAGUCAUCAAUCACCCUUCCCGCAUCCCCCCCCCCCCCCCCCCCCCCCCGCCCACACACACGAGGAACCUAGGAAGCAACCACGAGCAGAAUCCAAGAUGGCGGGCCUGAGCUUCCGUGCCAGGUUCGGCUACGGCGUGGGUCACGUGCUCAACGACCUGUGCUCGGCCAUGUGGUUCACGUACCUGCUCAUCUACUUCCACCACGUGCUCCUCUUCAACAACUCGCUGGCGGGGGUCGUGCUGCUGAUUGGCCAGGUUGCAGAUGCCCUCUCGACGCCCUUCGUGGGGAAAGAAGCAGACCGCACGGACGACCUGCCCUUCUGCUCGCGCUACGGACGGAGGAAAUCGUGGCAUUUAAUAGGCACAAUCUGCGUGCUCUGUGCCUUUCCGUUCAUCUUCCUGGGGUGCCUCGGGUGCAGCGAAGCCAGCGACUGGGCGCAGGUGAUCUACUACGCCCCGUUCGUGGUCAUCUUCCAGUUCGGUUGGGCGUCCACGCAAAUCAGCCACCUGGCGCUCAUCCCCAACAUCACGCAGGAUCCCAACGACCGAACGGAGCUCAACGCCAUCAGAUACGCGUUCACAGUGGCGUCAAACAUCACGGUCUACCUUGUGACGUGGUUAGUCCUGGGGCUUGAAUCGCAAGACACCGAGUCAGGCAUUGGGCCCAGGGACAUCAACAAAUUCAGAUACAUAGUCUUCAUCGUUUUGGCAAUUGGUUGCCUGUUUGUCACCGUGUUCCACGUACUGGUGAAGGAGGACAACUUGCCUGACUAUGACACUUGGCAGCGGGUGGCCAUAAACAAUGCAGAGGCCUCGGAGGCUUCUCAGGCUGAAGGAACAACUGCAGCACCUGUCUGCGUUCCGGUUCACUGCCGGAUGACAGCCACAGAUUGGCUGAAGGACAGACAGUUCUACCAAGUGGCUUUCCUAUACAUGGGGACAAGGCUUUUCUGCAACCUGACACAGGCUUACAUCCCCAUAUACCUGCAAGAUUCCCUGCACCUGUCAGAGGAAUCUGUGGCGUACAUCCCCCUUGUCAUGUACGUGUCCGGGUUCCUCACCACCAUGAUACUCAAAGCACUCAAUAAGAUCAUUGGAAGAAAGGCGUCCUUCAUCCUGGGCACCCUCAUAGGUGGAGCAGCCUGCAUCGGCAUCUGGCUUGGAGAGGGUGAGAUCUACUGCAAGUACAUCCUGUAUGUGGUGACAGCCAUGCUAGGGGCAGGUGGCUCUAUCAUGCUGAUCACGUCCCUUUCCAUCACGGCAGACCUCAUUGGUCCAAAUAUUGAGUCAGGAGCUUUUGUCUAUGGGGCCAUGAGCUUCACAGACAAGCUCUCUAAUGGGGUGGCUGUCAUGUUAAUCCAGAACCUGAAUCCCUGCACCACAAACCUCAUUAGAGCAUGCUGUCCAAUGUGCUCUCAAUAUUACCGUAAUAUAAUCUUCUACUGCUGUGGCGGAGCUGCAAUCCUCGGCCUCCUGGCAGUCCUCACUCUUCUGCCUGCCAAAAUAGGUGACCGCUCAAAAGGAAACUCAGCCACACCCAUAGCCAACUCAAGCAGUAGAGACACAGAGGAAAACGCUGAGGGGAAUGCACCUGCUUGCAUCAAUGCAGACAUGAGCACAGUAGCGUGUGUAGGGCCUGCAGUCAGUACAAUGGCAGCAGCUGGAGUUGGACCAGGAAUGGGUGUUUGUGGUGACAGCACUUCCUCAGCACAAGGUGAAGGUAAGGAUUCAGAAAAAACAUCAUCGAACACUAAGGAUGCACCCAUAGAGAAAAGUCCUUGUGCCAAAGUUAGCACAAUAGCAUGUGUAGGGCCUGCCAUUAGCAAGAUGUCAGCUGCAGGGGUUGGGCCUGGCAUGAGUGCUUGUGGUAAUAAAGUGACUGCUGCGGCGGGAGGUGGAGAAUACACAGCUGUCCCAAACUCAAUUGUGAGGGUUAGAGUGCGAACACACUCAGUAAGCAGCGAUGAAAGUGAUAAUGUCUCCAGAGCUUAAGGAACUUAUUUAAUAUGAAUAUGCUCGACACUGUGAUGAAUUUCAUAAUUGUACUUUAAGAAUGUGAUCAAUAUCAUGAGUAGAUAAAAUGAAAUAUAUUUUGGCAUAUAUUUGUACUUCAGUCAUCCCCUGCUUAAUGUCUGCCACUGUUGAUUUGCACUAUGUCUGGGCUAUCUAGCAAAAUCAUGUUCUAUGGCUUCCAGAUGCAUUGCAAAUUGUGCUGUUUGCACUACUACAGUCAUAACCAUGUCAUGAAACACUUCACUUGCUCAUAGGUUUCAAAGAUAGCAGUAAGGUGUUGAUUUGAGUUACAUUCUUUAUCAAUAUGACAUGGUCUUUGCAAAAUGAUCAAGCCCAGAACAUAUUGGAACUUUAAGUGGGGGAUUCCUGUAUUAGCACAUGCCAGUGUGUUGUACAUGGAUACUGUAAUGGAUGGGAACAAAGUGUUCUACCCGUAUAUCCCAGUAUCUUGUUGUUUUGUGAGGAAGAUUUUUUUAUCCUGUACAAGAGACUGUAUAACUUUUAUUAUAUUUGAUGAGAUAUAUUUUUAUAAUGAAAGUGUUUCAGGGUAUUUUAGGCACUUUACUUAUUGAGAAUGUUAUCUCACAGUCCAAUUAUUCCUUCUGUGCAGUAGUAGGACUUUGGACCAAUUAAUAUUAAAAUCUCAAAGGUUGAGAGUUAUAGUGGUAAUGGUAAUGAUUGAGAUUGAUCAGUUACUUGUAUUCAAAUUUUGCUCUGUACUGCUGUUAUUGUUUUUUCUUUUUGGGGGGGAGGCACAAAUUGACUCAUUUGUGAACUCCAAUUAUUGGGAUAGUAUUGAGCAUAUGGAUUCAGCUGCCAGGGAAAAGAAAAUGCAGUAGUCUCACUUGUCAUGAAGUUCUGAAAAUACUACCCAGUUUUUAAAGACUGUUAUCACCAAAUUCUUUAUGAUAAUUUUGUUUUAGAAUGAAUUUAAAGGGCAGACUUUAAUGUGUGAAAUAACUUGUAUUUCAUGAUAUCCAGUAUAUUUUGCUUUACAGACAUUUGUACAGAUGUGCUUUUUACCCUUUGAGAGCCAUGCUCAGAUAUUUCCAAAUAAAGCUUUUUAUGGUACCAGCUUGUUUUUGGGCAUUGUGGAAAAAGGGCUUAUGGUGCCAGCCGCUUGGGAAAUAGACUGCAUGCUAAAUUUAUAAAAAGAAAUUGCUGAUGAAUAAUAGAAGUGAGAUGGGUUUUAUGCCCUUUGUUUGUUUUUUUAAUAAUUACUGGUCUCUUGCUUGAUGUGAUCUCUAGCAUUACAAAGGUAGAAACAGAAACCUUGCUUUUCAGAUUGAUAUUAUUUUUUUUUUCCCCCUUCAUAUCUUACUCCUUUUCCUCUUCUUCAUGCUUAAAAAUAUAUGUAGACACCUUUUUUAUAAUAUAUGAUAUGAAUGAAAUUUAUAACUUAAUAUAUAAAAGGAUAAAGAAUAUGUAAUCUAAUAUAUUGAAUAUGAUUUUAUGAGCAUUUAGAUAUGAUAAAGAAGUGAAAGUCUUUCAUGUAAUGUAUGAUAAUUUAUAGAUAGUUAUUUUCAAUUUAUUAGUUGAUCUGAUUAACCUCUUUGCAACAAGUAAUAAAAUUAUAAAUAUAGCUGUGCCAUUCUGCGUCAUUUGCAUGUGAAAAAAGGAUUCAGCUGUCCUUUAACCUCCCCCUGUCUUCCACCCCACUAGUUGCUGUGGUUUAUUUAUUUUGUGAUAAAUGAUCUAGACAAAUUAUUGUACCGUGGAUUCUAGGUGUGAUAGGGAUAUGUGGAGAUUUACCUGCAGUUUAUUCCCGAUGGUGCUGCGUGGUUGUGUUUUAUCUGUAUUUUUAUAGACUUGUAUUUUUCUGUUAUUUUUAAGGGAUUUUGAUAUUCGUAGAUGCAGAGAGAUAUUUUUCACACUGGUCAGAUUGUAUAGACAUUGUGGGUUGACUGUGAUAUUUUGCAAGUUACAGAAAAAACUGGAAUUCCUGUAGUAUUGUAGAUUGUGAGAUUAUGGGAUCUGUUUACGAAAUUCAUAUUGGAAUUAUGAUGAUUUUGAACAAAGGAUCAGUGGUUGUAUUGAUGUCUGUUACUUAAUCUUCAGUCUUAUAUGAUACAUACAAUAGGUUAUUCAAUUACUAUAAUCAUUUUCUGUGUCUGUUAAGUAAGUGUGUGCUUGUAUGUGUGCAUGUACAAAUGUGUGUGAGAGCGAGAGAGUGAGCAAGAGAGUGAGCACGAGAUGAGCGAGAGAGUGAGCGAGAGAGUGAGCGAGGGAGUGACUGAGUGAUUGAGUGAGUACAAGUGUGCGUGCGUGGGUGAAUGUGUAUGUUUAAACCAAGUUGCUCAUGUAACCAUGUUAUGGAGUGUGAUUAUUCUAGAUGAUUAGAAAAAAAUGAUACAUUGAGUACAAAGUCUGUCAUGAUGGUGGCUUGCAUAAAUGUAUGAAAAAGUUUUGAUGGGAUGUAAAUUUCCACUGUAUGAGUAUGCUCUCUUUAUAGAGGGAAAACUUAUAGUUUAUUACUCUUUCACUUGAUAACUAAGCAGGUGAUAUGUGGUUGACAAAAAAUCACUUUAUCCACAAUAUGAAAAGAAGUUAUUUGAGUAGUAAACUUAAUGACUGGCUUAAAUAUAUUCCUCUAGUAAAUAGGCCAAGCCAUUUCUUAACUUUGAAAUUAUACGCCUGUGAUUACUAUAGGAAUAAAAGAGUUGUAUUAGCAUAAUAUAACAGGAUUUGAAUUUUCUGUGGAGAGAUGUAAGAGUAAAUAGAGUGAUAUCAGCUUAUAUGCAAAUCUAUUAUUUUUAGGAAAUUACACUUAUAUUCCUUAAGGACUUUUGGGUUAUCCAAAGAAUGCUUUUAAUUUCAGAAGUGAAAAAUUGCAAAAAGUCCUUACAUUCUUCUGGUUGUUAAGUAUAGCUUUGUAAUGAGAAGAAAAAACAAUUAGAUUAUACUUAUUUUUUUUAAUGCUUUUAUUACUUCCUGCACAAACAUUGUUUUUUAUAUAUACUCUAAUGUGUAUGUAUAUGAAUUCAAGAUUUCUCUACACUUCUUUUUUUACAAAGAAUAAUAAAUGAUAUUUAUCAAAUUAAAAUUAUAUUGAGCGAUA